CAGCCGGUGUGUCAAGUCCUCUGGCCGCCCUAGGCGGUGUCUGCCGUGUGCGCGGCUCGCCCGCGGCUCCAGAGUCCUCCCCGCGGCCUCCCUCCUCGGUUUGCGCGGCUGCCCAGGCUCCGCGAGGCACCCCGGACCUUGCGCCCGCGACUCUCUCGGCGCCCGACGGGGCCGCCUCGGGCCAUGGUGCCGUCCCAGGAGGAGCCCGCCGCCGAGCGGGAGGCGAACGAGGCGCAGCCGCCGGGGCCCGCGGCCUCGGAUGACGCUCCGCUACCCGGCCCGGGACCCUCGGAUGUCUCCGACGUGGCGGCAGAGAAAGUGGAGGUGGAGCUGACGAGGUCAACGGGCAACGAGCCCCCCGUGCCCCCCGAGGGCGGCUGGGGCUGGCUGGUGAUGCUGGCGGCCAUGUGGUGCAACGGGUCGGUUUUUGGCAUCCAGAACGCCUACGGGGUACUCUUCGUGUCCAUGCUGGAGCAAUUCGGGGCCAAGGACGAUGACAACAUGGCCUUCAAGACAGCCUGGGUCGGCUCGCUGUCCAUGGGCAUGAUCUUCUUCUGCUGCCCCAUAGUGAGCGUCUUCACAGACCUGUUUGGCUGCCGCAGAACAGCUGUCGUGGGUGCCGCUGUGGGCUUCAUUGGCCUCAUGUCCAGUUCUUUUGUAAGCUCCAUCGAGCCCCUGUACCUCACCUAUGGAAUCAUCUUUGCCUGUGGCUGCUCCUUUGCCUACCAGCCGUCACUGGUCAUUUUGGGACACUACUUCAAGAAGCGCCUGGGCCUAGUCAACGGCAUCGUCACGGCCGGCAGCAGCGUCUUCACCAUCCUGCUCCCUUUGCUGUUAGGGAACCUGACCAGCACCGUGGGCCUCUUUCACACACUGCGGAUCCUCUGCGUCUUCAUGUUCGUUCUCUUUCUGGCUGGCUUUACUUACCGACCUCUUGUUCCCAGCACCAAAGAGAAAGAGAGUGGUGGCAGCAGAAGCUCCUUCUUUUCCCGGAGAAAGCUUAGUCCUCCAAAAAAAAUCUUCAACUUUGCCCUCUUCAAGGAGACAGCCUAUGCAGUGUGGGCUGCUGGGAUACCGCUUGCACUUUUUGGAUACUUUGUGCCUUAUGUUCACUUGAUGAACCACGUAAAGAAAAGGUUUCAAGAUGUAAGCAACAAGGAGGUGCUGUUCAUGUGCAUUGGCGUCACUUCGGGAGUUGGACGGCUUCUCUUUGGCCGAGUCGCAGACUAUUUGCCCGGUGUGAAGAAGGUCUACCUGCAGGUUCUCUCCUUCUUCUUCAUUGGCCUGAUGUCCAUGAUGAUUCCCCUGUGCAGCGUCUUCGGAGCCCUCAUUGCUGUCUGCCUCAUCAUGGGUCUCUUUGACGGAUGCUUCAUUUCCAUCAUGGCACCCAUUGCCUUUGAAUUAGUUGGUCCUCAAGAUGCUUCCCAGGCAAUUGGAUUCCUACUUGGAUUCAUGUCUAUACCCAUGACUGUAGGUCCUCCUGUUGCAGGGUUACUUCAUGACAAGCUGGGCUCCUACGAUGUGGCCUUUUACCUUGCGGGAAUCCCUCCCUUCAUUGGGGGUGUUGUGCUCUGUUUAAUCCCGUGGAUCCAUAGCAAGAAGCAAAGGGAGAUGAGUAAAAACGCCGGAGGGGAGAAGAUGGAGAAGAUGCUGGAGAACCAGAACUCUCUACUCUCAGGCUCGUCCGGAAUCUUCAAAAAAGAAUCUGACUCUAUUAUUUAAUGCCAUAUAUACCUCCACUGACUGGAUUUGCUUUUGAAUUUUAAGCCAGUUUUCCUUUUAUAUGAAUUACAGAUUUCUUAUUUUUUUAAUCAUCCUUGGAAUAGCACAAAUGGGACAUGAAACCUUUAUUACUACAAGAACCAUUUUCUCUCCCCAAACAGCUUUGAUAUUUCCACGAAUCAGGGGGAAGAGAGUCUGUUACAGGCAAGCAUGUCUGGAAAUCAAAAUCGAGCAUUCAAAGCUAUCAGUGAGGAGCAGCCGUGGAAGCCUGGGCCGCUGUCGGGGGCUGUGAGCCGCAGCGUGCCUGGAGCUGCGCUGGGCGGGUCGCUCACACUGGAAGCACGUUGUUGCUUCACUUGGUGUCUUUACUUCCAGUCACUUUCUCCUUCAUUUUGGAACUUUUUGCAAAAUUUAAGCCCGGAUCCUAGAUAAUAAGAGGCCAACCGAAACCUCGAGUCUGGAAAUGAUUUAAGCUAUGAAAUUAGGAGCCGCUUGCGCGCUGCCGUCAAGGAGCCUCCCGGGAGCAGAUGCUGGUGCCGCCACCGGAUGGGAGCUGGGAGGGGUCUGUGGAGGCAGCCGGCAGGUGUUUCUUCCACUAACCUUUGUUCCCUUUCGUUUGUAGUGUGCUUUACUCCAGUAGCCACAAACACCCCAAAUUUCUGAUUUUGUAUAAACAAUAAAGUGAAGUAGAAUGUAUAAAAGAUACCCUGGCGACUUUAACAGAGUUUUUCUGACUUCCGGGUUUGUUAGCACUGUGUUCACCUGCUUUGUUGAGCGUGUUAUCAGCUGGAGGAGUGGACACAGAUUGGAGGGUCUAUCCAUUAGAGAAAUGUCUGACAGAAAUAACUGCUUAAACGGACUUGUAGAACUAGUGAUUUUAAAAUGUUAAAUACAUUUGUAAAAAGCCAAUUCUUAAAUUUUCUAAAUUUUUAAAGCAAAACUUUACAUUUGUAUGUACAGUCUUGUGAUACACUGAGGAGCCUGGUGGUGGGUCCUUUCCCUAUCUGCCUGCUAUGGAGUUUCCUUACGCAGACUGAGAGACUCCAUUGAACCAAGAGGUACAAUCUUUCCAUAAAGUAUGGAGUAUACUCCUCGUCUUUGACCGGAAAAUUAAUGUGAUAUUUAUCUGCACUAGCUUAUUAAUUCCCUCCAUUGUCCCCCAUGUGUGUCCCAACUGUAGAAAGCAAGCUACAAGCUUUGAGGACCUAAAAUUAAAACCAAAGUUGGGCUGUGAGCCAUUACUCAUUUAUUAAAACAGGAACACACUCUUAUUAUCUUUGAAAUUAUAUGUUAGACUUUAAAGGUUAAAAUGCAAAGUAUACUUAAAUCAUUAGCCUAGAUGACCGUUAGUCAGAGUUGAAUGUAACUUGCUUGUUCGUGUGAGAAGGAUGUUAUCUUUCCCUAAGCAUUUCCAGGAUCCUUCUGUUACUAAGUUAUCUGGAAGGUGAAACUUAAUUGUGUUAUCUCACUACUCAGUAUUCCCUUUCUCCAUCUGUCGGAUGGGCCACCUGGAGAGAAUACAGACCUGUUCUUGUUGAGAGAGAGGGAAGAGGGGCUAGGAGUUGAAAUGAAAGCUGGAAGCUUUCCCUCUUAAUUACAGCUCUCUUACCUAUUGUCUUGCAAGAGCUCACAGCCUAAAUGUUAAGUGUAGAAGUUAUUUUAAUGGGUUUGAAUAAUUAUAAUUUAUUUAUUAUUUAUUUAUUGUGAGGUGGAGUCUAAGGGGAUCUGACUAGUCUUCAUCUCCAGUCUGUUGCUUCAGACCUGUGUUGGGAUGCUGGGGUGUUCUGCUGUGUGUCGAUAAUUUUGCUUUUGAAGACCCAAGCUGGCAUGGAACUCACUAUGCAGCCCAGGCUAGCCUCAAACUCACAAAGCUCUUUUAGGUGUUUUGAAACAGGCUUGCUGUGUGGCCCAGCAAGGAGUUGGAACUUGAGAUUCUCCUGCUUCAGCUUGCUACGGGGAGGAGUCACAGGAGUGUGCAGCCAUACCCGGCUUCAACCUGCUGCCGACAGUUGCUUUCCUGUUUUAAAUUGACGAGGGGUCUUCGGCAAUUUGCUUGCAUAAGUUCUUUCAGGAGGGAAAAUAUUUUAACCACAUUGGCCUUUCUUGUUCUUUUCUUUCUUGUCUUAGAUAAGGUUUUACUAAGUAGCCUGGCAGGCCUAGAGCUUCCAAAGACAUGCCAGCCUCAGCCUCCCGAGUGCUGGGGUUACAGGUGCACCACCAUGCAGGCUGUCUCCCGUGGGCUUCCAUUAAGCACCGAGAGAACAGUUGGAGUGUGAUAGCACAGUCAUUAUCAAGCCUUUCACUAGUGACUUCCCUGUUAUUCGUUUAUGUCACACCUCAGUUGCCUGAGACACUUCAUCAUUGUUAGUGCUUUCAAAAGCUAAGGCGCCAGAGAGCUGGCUCAGUAGGUAAGAACAGGACAGCUCUUAGUGAGGACCCGAGUUCAGUUUCCAGCAGUCACAUGGUGGCUCUCAACUGCCUGUAACUCCAGUUCCAGGACAUCCCAAUGCCGUCUUCUGAGCUCCUGCAUGCACACAGCACACGGCACUCGCAGGCAUAUAUACACACACACACGUAAAAAUAAAUAUUUAAAAGUUAAUUAAAAAUAUACAACUAAGAUAAACAGUCCUGCCGUUAGAAAACAUUAGAGCAAGGUUUAUUGUUUGGGGGCAGCUACAGAGCAGUGUCAGAGCCUGAUCAAGGGUGGCUCUCUAAUUAAGCUGUGUCCUCACCUUGGGGUUAAUACAGAUGUUGUUCUGCCUCUGAUCUUACAGAAAAAGUAGCUCUAAAAUGGAAAGCUUAUUCUCUAAAGAAUUAUAUGUACAGCAGGCUAGCCUGGAGUUUAUAAUCCUCCUGUCUCUACUCCUUAGAUGGUUUCUGUUAUUGUUGCUUGUUUGCUAUUUGUUUUUGAGACUGGGUCCCUAUGUAGCCUUGGCUGUCCUAGAACUCAUUUUAUAGAUCAGGCUGACCUCUCUCACAGAGAUCACCUGCCUCUGACUCUGCCUCCCCACUGCUGGUUUCAAUGCUGUGCACUACAGUUCCUGGUCUCUGUCUCCCUGAGUGCUGAGUUACAGGGACAGAGGUUAAUACGGGAGAGGUGCUGUUUCCAGAGAACAGGGAACACAUGACAUGACAUGAGGUUUAUUCUACAGAAUGCUUUUACCAAGUCUAACAGCAGCCUGCGUGCUAACCCAGAAGUACCCAACCUCAAUUGUGAUGUUUUAAAAUAAAUCUAAUUAUAGGUACCCUUCUGUUUCAGUGGGUUCUGGAAGAAGAGUGUUUCAGCAUGAGAAUCAGGAAGCAGCUUGGACAUGAUAGGGACUCUCAGCAUAAAAUAAUGUCGAGAAACCAUGUUAGAUCCGAGAAACCACGGGGAGCCUGGGAAAGGUUCUGCAGUGUGUAACAUUUGUCUGCAUAUCAGUAACUAUAGACAGCUUAAGUUAUUCAUCAAGGUUUAUUUUACUCAUGUAUUUGUGCGGUUCCCACGGAGGCCAGAAUGGGGAACCAUGUACAUCCCUUGCAGUUACUGGUAUUCGUGAGCGGCUUGAUGUGGGUGCUGGGAUCUGAACUCCAGUCCUCUAGCUGAAUAGUGAAUGCUUUUCCCCCACUUGGAGACAGGGUCUCCCUAUGUAGCCCUGGCUGGCCUAGAAAUAACUGUGUAGACCAGGCUGGCCUCUUGCUCAAAAUAGCUGUUUGCUUCUGUCUUCCUUGAGCUGGGAUUUCAGUAAGGUGUAUACCACCACACCUAGCUGCUGUAAGCACUCUUAACUGAGCCACCUCCCAACCCCAUAAGUGUUUAGAUCUCUGUGAGCACAAAGCGUUUCUACUAAGCUCUUCCCUACUAGGUGAAGGUGAUUUUCAUAAUAUAGUCUGCACUAUAAUAUUCUCUUAAGGACCUAGGAUUUGUUAUUUUAACAAUAUAACAAUAUUUUGACCCCACACAAUUCAGGUGCCUCUAAAAAUCGGAUCAAGGUUGCUAUUAAGCUUCAUAUCCCUUUCAGAAUAUUUUUUUUAAUUGUAAAAGAUUUAUUUUUGUGUGUAUGGGUGUUUUGUGUGCAUGGGUAUGUAUACACAUGCAUGCAGUGCCUACAGAGGCCAGGAGGGGGCCUCAUACCCACCAGUACUACUGGAGCUGCAGGGGCUGUGAGCUACCCUGUGAGUGCUGGGAACAGAACUCUGGUCCUUUGUAAGGACAGUGUAACUGUUCAGUGCCUCUCCAACCCUCAAAGACUUUUUUUAUUUUUAAAUAUAUGUAACACAAUGGGUAUUGUGUAUAACCAACAAAACCAUACACGUAUUUUGUAUAUCUGAGAAAUUUUGCCUAUGAAGUUAUUACUGAGUUCAAACACAUGGAAGUAUCUGAUUGUUGUUAACACUUAAUGAUUUAAGUUUUGUUUAUAAAAAAAUGGUCAUCAAAUCCAACCUUUGGAAUGAACAUGGUCCCCCAACAGAAUAGCUUUAAAGAAAAAGUCCCUUCUCAGUAUAGCUAGCACAUAGUAGGAUGUUUAAAAUUACUCAUGGGUUGAGGAUAUGACAUACUGGUAGGGUGCUCUCCCCACGGGGCCACAGCCCCUAGACUCACUUCAAGAGGUGAAAAUGGACAACAGCGGGAAGGGCGUACAGAAGCUUUGAAUUGGAUUAGAUCAAGGAGAUAUUUUGAACAUUUGAGCUAUUUAAUUGUUUUUCAGUCAGAUUUUGGAAGUAUUGGUCUUAAAAUUUGGAUGAGUUACUUGUUAAGUUUUGUUUUGUUUUGAAAUUUGAAAAAUGAAUUCAUUGGAAGAAUCACUGUCCGUCUUUUAGAUUUGACACAGUCUAAAACUGCUGUGAGUGACAGUGUCAGUCUCCUGUCAGGUCCUCUCAGCAUCAUGCUGUGACAGCAUCAGACUCCCCUCCCCCCAAAGCAAAACAGGACAAUGCCACCAAGAAGCACAAGUCCCAGUCCUUGAGAUCCAGAUACCUGGAGGUCACGGGAAAAGGAGUGUGUGUGUGUGUGUGUGUGUGUGUGUGUGUGUGUGGCUUAGGUCAGUCCUGCUUUCCUUCACAGACUUAGCCUUGGCCAUUUUAUAAGAAUGAGAAAAUACAGCCGCUGCUGCCUUUCUAGAGAGCCGUGCACUCGGGCGCUGAGGGUGCUGGGUUCACUGAGCUAUGGGGCCUCUCUGAUGGUGGUGUACAGGUCCUUGAGCAGUGCUUCUGGCGAGUGGUUAGAGCAUCAAAUAACGGAAGGCCAUAGAGGUGGCUCACCACACCAAACACCUGUAUAUUUCACAAGUUCAAACUCUGUUAGCAAAACCUAAUAUUCCAAAUAUACCUCGUGCUCCAGGCGUGAGCGCCCUCAUUCCUUCCCUCCUUCCCUCCCUCCCCCUCCUCCUUCUCGCUCUCUCUCACUCUCUCCUGCAGAAGGUGCCAGCUUACCCCAUAGCUGUAUAAAUAUAGCUGACUGUGAAAAGACCAUGCUGGGUUUGACCAACAUAGGUAUUUUCCUAGUUUUGAGAAAUCCUGUUUUCUUUUAAAAUAAUAUAAUUUGUAAUUGAUUUUUAAAAAUGUGAUUUAUAUAUUUAAUAUAGAUAACCAGAACCUUUUUAAUGAAGAGUGCUUUGUACUUUGGAGAAUACAGUCAUUUUACUGUGGGGAAAUGUGAUAUUCUCAGUAGUAAAUGCAAUAAAAUUUUUAGCAAAUUCCUGUAA